AUGCUGGAAGAUCGUCAAUAUAUCGAUAAUGCCAUGUAUUUUAAAGCUAUUGACCAGGUCAAUGAUUGGAUCGUGUCUCUCUUCCUAGUGCCUGGAGACGUGAAAUUGAUCCUCUUGCACCAGCAUAAACAUGAGGAAGGGAUCCGCCUCUUCUUCACAGAGGCAUGGGAAUUGUGGCUCAAGAUCAUUAUGAAUCCAUUCCAGGAGAUUGACAAGCCCAUUCAGUCCAGCUCUUUCGACACGCGGAUACGCGCCAGCGCGAGGAAGCAUCUAUACCCUCGCAGUCAGCCGACGCCAACCAUGUCGUCCUCGUAUAUGGUUAUCUUUAAAUCGAAUGCGACAAAGGCCGAUGUCGACGAUAUCGUGAAUGAUGUCACGACGCAAGGGGGUACUGUGCGGCAGCGCUACGAUGCUGAGUUUCUUCGUGGCUUUGCCGCUGCUAUGCCCUCAGCGUAUGCACAGCGAUUGCUAGCCGCGACCAAAGAUGGUCAACAUCCAACAAUUGAAUAUAUGGAGGCUGAUCAGUCUGUGUCGACAAGCACAUAG